AUGUUCCGAGGCGACGCAUAUUCAGGCUCCGACACGAGACAGAGGAAUAAAAACUGGUGCGCCUACGUUGUGCAUAAGAACGUAACCUGCGCCGUCGUGGGAGGCACGGAGAGUUUCGUGCAGCCAGAGGCUUUGCCGUGUCCACCGGAGCUGCCAAACUGUGCGACAGAAGUCAUAUAUCGCACACACUUCAGACCUAUGUAUAAGAUCGCGUACAAGACUGUCACAGAGCUGGAGUGGAGGUGCUGCCCGGCAUACCAGGGGCAUGACUGCAAGGAGGUGAAAGACAUGAGGCUACUCCAAGCAGAGCAUUUGCCUCAUGAUACAUCUGCUUCUGGACAUAUCCCAGUCCCACAAGCUCCGUCACAGCGAUCACACAGCCAGAGAAGCCAUCCAUGGGGAGGGGAGAGGCAGUUUGGGGGUCAGACAGGUCCCAGGCCACAUGGGGGUCAUGGAGGAGCUCAAAAUGCACAACACCUGGAGGAGGAGGUUCAGCGACUGUCCCAGAUGGUCCUCGACAUGCAGGCAAGAAUGACAGACAUGUCGUCAAACAUAAGACUGGAUUUCCAAGAGGAUGCCAGUAAAAUGUUUGUUACACUAAUGAAUAACUACAAACAGCCAGCCAGUGCAAGAGGGCAAGAGGCCCAAACCGUCCAAGUGCAGGACUUCUCUUUUAAGCAUGAUCCAAUAGCCAUUGAUGACGUCAUGAGCAAGAUCAGCCAGGUGUCACAUGAUCUGGAGACUAAGAGAAACACCCUAGAUGACCUGCUGGGUCGUGUUAGCCGCCAUGAUGGACAAAUUCAUCUGUUAAUGGAGGCUGCUCAGAACCACCUGCCCACGCUAACUCCCCCGCAAACCGGUGAUCCAGAUCUGAGAGCCUACCUGGACGAGAAGAUCCGUGCCGUGAGAGAGGAGCUCAUGGAGGGCAUGGAAAUCAAACUGGGGGACUUGAAGAACUCGUGUGAUUAUAAGAUCAUGUCAGUUCGGGAGCAGUGCGAGGGACAAGAAGCCAACUACCUCAGCCUGGCCGAGCUCAUGGACUCAAAGGAAACUGACCUCCGCAGCGAGAUCCAGGACCUCAAGACCAAGUUUGUUGAUCCAGUUAAUCGGGACUGUGGCUCUGUUCUGGCUCAUAUGGGGAACCUCGAGAUCCAUCUGAACUCAUCCGAGAAGACAGCAGUUGCUCGAUGUCUUUCAGUGGAGGAGAAGCUAAAGAAAGAACAGGUAGAGGCUUUAGAACAGCUGAAGGAAAAUCUGGAAGACAAGCUGGCCUCCGUGGAAGACAGAUUCACCACCCUGUUGAUAGAUACAAGCAAGGAUUCCUCAGCUGGUGGACCUCCAGAGAGUCAAGAUGAUCUACAAGGAGACAUUAAAUCUCUAAGGGGUACUGCUAAAAGUGACCAGCAUGAUAUCCAGAGCUGCAGAACUGCUGUGGAGGCUUUGGAGACGAGACUAGGAGUCCAGCUGAAUGGCCUUGGAGCCAUGGAGGGACAGCUCCUCAACUGCAGCACCAACAUUGAGAACGUUCAUGGUGUGUUGAAUGGUCUGAAAGGACACAUGGGCAAGUUGGAGGACUCGCUGUCAGAUGUAGUCCAUCAGCAGACUCAGACUGUCCAAAGCCUCAACUCCACCUGGGGCCAGGUUCAAUCUGGGGCUGAGCAGGAGGCCAAGGAACUUAUGGAACUCCACAAGACUAAUAACCAUGAACUAAGAAACCGUCUGGACGAGCUGGCGAGGGAGGUGAAAGCCGGGGCCGAUAACUGCCGGGGACAGACAGAAGACAUCGGGAAGGAGAUCGCUCACAUGGACAGUCGAAUUGUCAGCGUGGAGGGUUUAUGCGGGAAGCUGGAUCCUAUCUCCGGUAGCCUUCAGAGGAUCAAAGAGGGUCUGAAUAAACAUGUCACCGGGCUCUGGACUUGUGUGACCCAGCUGAAUGCUACAGUUCGAGGUCAUGCACGAGACAUUGGGGGAUUGAGGGGAACUAGCCAGAACCUCCAGAACCACAUCUCUAAUGUUGCCAGAGGCCUUCAGGAGCUAAUAGACGGCAAUCCUGGAAAGACAGGUGUUCGGGUCGCCGUCGACAACUCAGGAUCCGCUCAGAGUUCAAGUCAGAGUCUCUCAGUGCCCGUCGGGCCCCUGGACGCCUCCCUCCUGGAGCCCACUGUGAUGGAGACCGGAGAGGCGGGACCUCCCGGCAAGAUGACCUCGUCCAAGUUGCCCAAGGGGACAGACGGGAGUAUGAUGCCUGUUCAGGGCUUUGCUGGAGCUCCAGCUUCGCCAUCCAAGUCCAGUGAUUUGCUGACAACUAAUACUCUCAGCACAGCAGACGUGGUAAUCCCCCACAAACCAUCACCACAGAGACCUACCACAACUCCAGGUGAGACGGUAUCCUUCUCAGCGGGUCUGACUCUUCUGCCAUUCCCGGGAGAGAUCGGAAUCAUUCGAUUCAACAAGGUGCUCGUCAACGAUGGAGGACACUAUGAUGCUCAGACAGGUAUCUUCACAGCUCCCACAGACGGCCGCUACCUGGUGACCGCCGUGCUCACAGCCCAACGAGGCGAGAGCGUGGAGGCUGUCCUGUCUGUGUCCAAUCGCAGCAUCCAGAAGUUGGACUCUUCAGGCUUUCUGUCAGAACAAGCAGCACCGGCGUCGCAGGACCUCUGUAACUGCGGCAGCUCGACGUCUCUGAGUCUGGUUCUGUCGCUGAAGAGAGGAGACCGAGCAGGACUCGUCAUGACCUCCGGGAAGCUCGCCAUCUCGUCCUCCCCGGAGAUCCUGUCGAGUUUCAGCGCCGUGCUUCUUUACCCGAGUCCAUCAAAACGGUAGCCCCGCUCCUUUCAAAGACAACUGAAGCCUCGUAUAAGCCAUAAGUGGAGCGUAGUGUACAUUAAUGAUGAGACAUUAAUGUAAUUAUAUCAGAGAGACAGUCGAUACACUAACCAGGAGGAAAAGGAACAACAACAUGAAAUCCACAGUAUCUAAAUAGAUUUUUUAAGUACUAAUAUAUAGUGUG